UCUUUAGUUGCCUUGUUGGCUCUCCGGGGAUCGAUGCUUAACUGAUCGUUUGUGUGUUUCUGGGCACAACUAUUGUUUGUUUUUGUCCUCGAAGUCAGCUUGAAGUUCGCGGAGAAUUGUGGUUGAAUUCGCCCAACACUUCAGCUGUGACACUUGAAGUCUUAGGUCAUCGUCUGCAUUUAUCACAGGAUCCUAAUUCAAAGCAUUUGGGUACCACAGUUUGGGAUGCUUCAAUGGUGUUUGUCAAAUUUUUGGAAAAAAAUUGUCGUAAAGGAAGGUUUUGCCCAUCAAAAUUAAAAGGAAAACGUGUCAUUGAACUUGGAGCGGGUUGUGGCUUAGCUGGACUUGGAAUGGCAUUGUUAGGGUGCAAUGUAACAUCAACUGACCAAACUGAGGUGUUACCAUUGCUGAUGAGGAAUGCAGAGCGCAACUCUUGUUGGAUUACUCAAGCAAAUCCUGAUUCAGGUUCUGCAUCAUUUGGUUGCAUUACAGUUGCAGAACUGGACUGGGGAAACGAAGAUCAUAUCCGAGCUGUUGAACCUCCUUUUGAUUUCAUUCUUGGGACCGAUGUGGUUUACACAGAGCAUUUGCUGGAACCCUUACUACAGACUAUUUUGGCUUUAUCAGGACCAAGGACAGUUAUACUGUUAGGUUAUGAGGUUCGUUCCACGACGGUCCAUGAUAGGAUGAUGGAUAUGUGGAAAGAAAAUUUCAUAGUGAAAACGAUCCCAAAGGCAAAGAUGGAUAGCAAGUAUCAACAUCCAAGUAUUCAGCUCUUCAUGAUGGAAGUGAAAGAUCAAUCCAGAUACCGCCACACUGGGGUAAAUCAGGUUCCAGAGUCUAGUCACAGAAGCGAUGAAGAUGAUCAAAACCAUGAAGCAGAUGUUCACGAUCAGACAACUAGCGAAAAUAUUGUGAAAUCAGAAUCUGGGAAGACUGUUGAUGACUGGGAGAUCAGAAGACUGGGAUCAAUGGCUGCUCGACUUCUACGAGAUGUUAAGAUAACGUAGUUUGCUGGAGGAUCCUGACAAUUUGAAGCUGAGUAGGUUGAAAGCAACGUUUGCAUGGGAUAGUUGAUGAUGCUGAAAUGGAUAAUCGUUAAAUCUGAUUAAUUAUCUAUUCCAUACCAGACCUAGUGUUCGUUUUUUUUACUACCUCAUCUUUUAUUGUUAAUGGGGGAUUUGUGAUGUAAAGUCUGUCUUUAUUGGCUUGUACCUUUAUGGACAUACAUAAUUAUUCAUCUAAUUUAACAUGCAAGGCAAUCUGUUUGCUCCCUA